AUGAAGUGAGCCGGCAGGGCGAAGGCCCAGAGGGCGUAAGCCAGAAGUAGUGCGCCCAGAACUAAGCUACCUAGCGGUCUAGAUGGCCCGUUUCAUUUCCAUUCAUUUGUUGUCUAACCGGUUGUGGGGAGGAGACGCAAAGCUUGGUGGCAGAUAUGAGGGGUACGGAGUAUCAUCGUACCAUAUACGGAGUAUGGUACGGUCAUCGAAUAUCGAUUUACUAGUACUAGAUAGAACGGACAUAGAUAAGACAGGGCAAAUAUGCAGUAGAGUUGAAUGGUGGUAUAAUUAUCAUAUCAUACAUCCCCCCCCCAGAGGAAGGUUUUCGUUCUUCACAAAUACCGGAUGUCCACAUUGCCUCAUGGUAAUUGUUCAAAUAGCCAUAAUCCGGUUGAACUAGAUAGCUUCUCCAUACUUAAAGAGCCGUCGUGUCUGAGCUCGAUGUCAAGCCGAAUUGCUGGGUUCCUGCAAAGUGUGGUGUACCUACUCCGUACACAUCACCGACUCACAGGAUGGGUUUGCCGCCCCCUGAGUCGGCCGGAAGCCGGAACAUAUGUUACCUAACAGUACCGGGUAUGGAGUACAGUGGCCUGUACUCCGUAC